AUUAACAAACGAAGAGUUUCUUUCCGUGUUCUCGUUGUACUUUCUCUCUCUCUCUCUCUCUCUCUCUCUGUCUGCUCAUCAUCAGCUGGUGGUGGAGAGAUUGGAGCUCUCCGCUCAAAACCAGAAAAUCCCAACACCAAUAACGUACUUGACCCACAAAACGCUGAAAAGAAGCAAGUGUUUGUUACAAUCCCAAAAACCGUGCUCAAUUGGGUUCUUCCUUGGCAACACUUAGGAUGUUUCAACUUUUAGCUAUGUAUUAACUUUUUCCUCGAGUGGGGUCACCAUGGGGAACUAUUUGUAGUCCUCCAGAAGACACCGCAACGGUGCUUAUAUCGUACGGUCAAUUGGAAUGGAUGUUGAAGUAGUAGAUGUUGAAGGAGACAGUAGGGAAGAUCGUGUUCCUGGAAAUGCUGAACCCGACAAUGUUGAAAAACAGAAUGAAACUGAGAAUUCUACAGGGAGAGAAGUAAUAAAUCAGGAGGAUGAUGCAACUGCUAAACCACAUGUGAGCAUGGAGUUUGAGUCCGAAGAUGCGGCAAAGACUUUCUAUGAUGCAUAUGCCAGGCGUGUGGGUUUUAGCACCCAUGUUGGCCAGUUCAGCCGUACAAAGCCUGAUGGGCCAAUUGUAACUUGGGAAUUUGCAUGUACCAGAGAGGUUUUUAAAAGGAAGAAUGUAGAAAGCUGCAAUGCUAUGGUUAGGAUCGAGAGGAAGGAUUCAAACAGUUGGGUUGUGACAAAAUUUGUUGAGGACCAUAAUCAUUCCAUGGUGUCUCCUAGUAAGUUCCAUCACCUUCGACCCCGUAGGCAUUUUGCUGGUACUACCAAGAAUGUGGUUGAAACGUUGGAUGGUACUAGUGAUGUUUAUGUUUCCAUGGAUGGCAAUAGUGUAUCUUAUGAACCAAAUCGUGUGGUUAGGAGUGCCUCCCCUGUAGAGCCAAAUCACCCAGUCAGAAGUAUUGGGCAUGUGAAUUACAUUAGACCUUCGAGCAGAAAGAGGACCCUUGGUAGAGAUGCUCAAAAUCUUCUAAACUAUUUCAAGAAGAUGCAGGCUGAAAACCCUGGCUUCUAUUACGCAAUACAGCUUGAUGAUGAUAACCGCAUGACUAAUGUCUUUUGGGCUGAUGCAAGAUCAAGGAAUGCUUAUAACUACUUUGGUGAUGCAGUAACUUUUGACACAAUGUAUAGACCAAAUCAGUACCAGGUCCCAUUUGCUCCCUUUACAGGUGUAAAUCAUCAUGGUCAGAUGGUGUUGUUUGGUUGCUCUUUACUUCUAGAUGAAUCUGAGUCUUCCUUUACUUGGCUGUUCAAAACAUGGCUAUCCGCAAUGAAUGAUAGGCCUCCUGUUUCUAUAACCACAGACCAAGAUAGAGCCAUACAAGCAGCGGUUGCUCAGGUUUUUCCAGAAACUCGUCACUGUAUUUGCAAAUGGCACAUCUUAAGAGAAGGCCAAGAAAGAUUGGCUCAUGUAUACCUUGCUCAUCCUUCCUUCUAUGGUGAGCUGUAUAGCUGCAUCAACUUUUCUGAGACAAUUGAGGAUUUUGAGUCAUCUUGGGCCAUUCUCCUUGAUAGAUAUGAUCUACAAAAAAAUGAGUGGCUUCAGGCAGUGUAUCAUGCUCGCAAGCAGUGGGCCCCGGUAUAUUUUCGUGGCACUUGCUUUGCUGCACUUUCUUCAAACCAAGGUGUUAGCUCCUUUUUUGAUGGUUAUGUGAAUCAGCAGACAACCAUACCUCUGUUCUUUAAGCAGUACGAAAGAGCCCUGGAACAUUCAUUAGAAAAAGAAAUAGAAGCAGAUUACGAUACCAUUUGCACUACACCAGUACUGAAGACUCCAUCACCAAUGGAACAACAAGCAGCAAACCUCUAUACCAGAAAAGUUUUUGCAAAGUUUCAGGAUGAGUUAGUUGAGACUUUUGUGUACACUGCAAAUAAUAUUGAGGGUGAUGGGGUUGUCAGUAAAUACAGGGUUGCAAAAUAUGAACAUGAUCACAAGGCUUACAUAGUCAAUUUAGAUGUUUCUGAGAUGAAAGCCUCCUGCAGCUGUCAGAUGUUUGAAUACUCUGGCGUACUUUGUAGACAUAUAUUGACUGUCUUCACUGUAACAAAUGUUCUUACCCUUCCAUCGCAUUACAUAUUGAAGCGAUGGACAAGGAAUGCCAAAGCUGGGGUUGGACUUGAUGAACAAAAUGCAGAUUCACAAGGUAUUGAGACUCUCACCUUGCGCUUCAACAGUUUAUGUCAGGAAGCCAUUAAAUACGCGGAAGAAGGGUCAAUUUCUAUUGAGACUUAUAAUGCAGCAUUGAGUGCUCUAAGUGAGGGUGGGAGAAAACUUGCUGUUGUGAAGAAAAAUGUUGCUAAAGUCACACCUCCUAGUUCUCAGGCUAGCAGAAAUGGUCAGGAAGACAGCAACAGGAAAACCUCUACAUUAAUUCCUGAGAUGGGUCCAUCAUUAUGGCCUUGGCAAGAAGCAAUUCCACAUCACUUUAAUCUUAAUGACAAGGGAGUUCCUGUUGCUGAUUUGAACCAGCCGAGCUUGGCUCCUGUGUCUAUUCAACGUGAUGGUGGCAAUCCUGAUAACACGGUGGUUAUGACUUGUUUCAAGUCCAUGACUUGGGUGAUAGAAAGUAAGAAUUCUACACCACCUGGUAAAGUAGCUGUCAUUAAUUUGAAGCUGCAAGAUUAUGGCAAGAACCCUUCCGGAGAGACAGAGGUACAAUUUAGGGUAACAAGGAUCACACUUGAGCCUAUGCUGAGAUCCAUGGCCUACAUCAGUCAGCAGCUAUCGACACCAGCCAAUAGAGUCGCUGUUAUAAAUCUAAAGCUCCAAGAUACAAAGACAAUUUCUGGAGAAACGGAGGUGAAAUUUCAAGUGUCUAGAGAUACAUUAGGUUCCAUGCUAAGAUCAAUGGCCUAUAUCCGGGAGCAGCUUUGAUAGCUCGCUUCAUUCUAAUGGUGAUGAAGUCUUCACACGAGUUCCCUUGAGACCAAUACUGAUUCAGACCUAUCAUUGUUUGGAAAGGCAAUAGCAAUAGUGGACAUUGUAGGUGUGUCCUGUCCUGGUUUAUAAGAUUCAUGUACCAUGUUAAUACCAUGUUAGUGUUUCAUUGACAGAAUUUGUCUAGUUGUAGUUAGGUUUGUUAGAUCUAUUCCAUUGACCACAUUCAGUUUUAGCAUGUUAGUUAGGUUUGGUUAGCAAUAUUUCUAACUUAAUACAUUGUUUCCAUGUAAACCAUGUGUUGGAAACUUAUUUGUAUAUGUAAGCUGUGAACUUCCACUUCUUUGCCUAAUGAGCAUUACAGAUAUUCUGUAA